AUGCCGAGCAGAUUCGAGGUUUCAGGCGAGGCGUGGCCGUGGCUGGUAAUCUUGCACGGAUUGGGGAAUAUCAAAGUGGAUGGGGUUUCAGGGUUUGGCAGAGCGAUCCAGGAGCGGGAUUUGCUGCAGGAUGUGCCGUGUUUCUCGAACAUUUUCCCCUCAGGGUGGAUUCGUUUGGGAGGCGCAGCAGUGCAGCAGCGAUGCCGCGAUGGCACGAUGGCACGAUGCAGGCCCAGAAGCUUUUCUGAUUUGACAAUUGAGGGCGAGGAGCAUUCGCCGCAUCGCUCGUACAAAGCAACCCGGAGACAGCGAGGGGUUCCGCUGGAGGCGGCCUCGGCAAAACGGUUCCUGGGCGACGAACGAGCGAAAGAUGUCGCGCGUCAGUACUGGACCAUCUCCGCGGAUCGAUCUCAGCGGAAGCCAGCUGCUGGGUGGUGUUGGUGCUGGCGCUGGCGCUGGUGGGAAAUCCUCUUAGCUGUUGGCGGGGAAAGGCGAGAGGAGCGCUCUGCCACUUUCCGGCAAGCUCGUCGGCUGAGGAUGAGAAACAUGACACGAGGGAAGGGAAAAGGGAUAAGGGAAAAGCGUAAAGGCGAAAAGGGUAAAGCGAAAAGAGAAAAGCGAAAAGGGGGAGUGGCCUGCCUCCUCCCCUUUCUCACGUGUGAUUUGGCGAGCCUCGUCGGGAGAACACCGCGCCGGGAAGCCCGGCCAGUCUUUUCCGCCGUCGGCAGGGAUCUCCAGUCUCUGCUUAACCUUAAUCUUAGCGGAAAUAGCGGUACGGAAGAGAGGGGUGUCAGGGACUCAGGAGUCAGGCCCAGGGGACUCGAGGAAGAGGUACUCCCUGCCAGCUGGAAAUUGCUUGGCUUGGCUCUUCUUGCAAGGCAGGAUUCCGAAUUCCCGACUUUCCAAGGCUGGGCGGUAGUCAUAGUCAUAGUAGACACAGGUCUCGAGGAAUACUACUUUGUAGCUGCCAGUUACAGGAGCCCCUGGCUGGGCCACGAAAAACCUAUGUACCUGCAAGCUGCAGCCCUUGAACCCACAUCGAUAUGGCCUCGCUUCACUUUACAUGAAGUGAAGAUGAGAUUUGUGACCCUUCUCCUUUCUCUUCCCUCCUCAUCUCAGCUGCUCCCUUUUACGUACGAUCGCCCAUCCCUCUGGUGGCGCUCGUUCGGCCACAUCGUGGCCAGUCUUCCCAUCCCUGUGGCGAUCAAGAAGGUGGAGAAACAUCAAUUUGGAUGCUGGGGCCAUGCAACCAUUCAGCCAUGCGUUGGGACCAUUGGGGCAGGGCUAGGAAGGGAAAGGGGUUGCACUUGA